AUGCGCAUCACCGACCUGAGAGCACUGGCGAAAUUAGCGCACCAAAAAGGUGUUCUGCUCAGUGUGGACAGUACGAUGAUGCCGCCCGUGAUCUGCCAGCCGUUGUUGCUGGGAGUCGACAUCGUGGUCCACUCUGCCACGAAGUUCUUCUCGGGCCAUGCAGAUUGUACAGGGGGGCUGGUCUGCGUGCGGGACCCGGAGCUCGCCCACCGCGUGGCCUUCCUCCAGAACGCGGAGGGCACGGCCCUGGCGCCUUUCGAGUGCUUCUUGUUCCUCCGGGGCAUCAAGACCAUGUGGCUCAGGGUGAGUCGGGCACAGGAGAACGCCCAGGAAAUCGCCAAAUUCCUCUCCAGGCAUUCCAAAGUCACUGGCGUCUUCUUCCCGGGACCUGGUGGCUGCGACAACCGGGCACUGAGGAUACACCAGUCGCAGAGCAGCGGGCCUGGAUGCGUCAUCAGCUUCACAACAGGCUCGGUGGGCUUCUCACGCCGGCUGUUGGAUGCCAGCCGGCUUUUUAAGACCACCGUGUCCUUCGGCAGCGUCAACAGUUUGGGGGAGAUGCCCUGCACCAUGAGUCACGCAUCGAUUCCCGCGGAGCAGCAAACGUUGCCGCAGGACCUGGUUCGUCUCUCUGUGGGCAUCGAGGACGUGCGCGACCUGUUGCUGGACUUGCAGCGAGCACUCGAGACGGCCAGUGGCCAGCGCGAGCAGCCGAGCAACGACCAGUACGACAGCCGAUUUGAUGACCUCCCCGUGGUUCCCAGGCUUCCGGGGGGCACCGCGGAGGAAACGGAUGGGCACGACGAUGCCUCGGGCCUGCAACGCGGCGACUCCCUCGUAGGUUUCCUUGCAGCACAGGCCCAGCAAAAACGUCCCGGGCUCGCACUGCUGGGGGUCGCCGCGGUUUCUGCUCUUACUCUAGGGGCUUUGGCCGCCGCCCGGAGCCAACGCAGGUGUGCAGGCUUCAUCGCCGGUUUCGGCUUCGAUGUCACGGUGAUGGUCCGCUCUAUUCUGCUGCGGGGCUUUGACCAGGACAUCGCCAACAUGAUUGGUCAGUACAUGCAGAAGCACGGUGUGAACUUCGCGCGGGAGAUGGUCCCAUCCAAAUUCGAGAAAACAGCGGAUGGGAAGGUCAAGGUUUUCGUGAAGGACGCGGAGUACGGGGUUUUCGACACUGUGCUGGUUGCCAUCGGCCGGGCCGGCUGUGCCAGCCAGCUCAAUGUGGAGGCAGCGGGCCUGUCCUACAACCCCAAGACGGGCAAAGUCGUUGUCGACGACAAUGACCAGACCAGUGUGCCCAACAUUUUCGCCAUCGGAGAUGUGUGCGAGGGGAAGCCCGAGCUGACCCCGGUGGCCAUCCAGGCCGGUCGCAUGUUGACGCGCCGCCUCUUCGCUGGGUCCACGAAGAAGAUGGACUAUACAGACAUUGCCACCACAGUCUUCACUCCCAUCGAGUACGGCUGCGUGGGCUACUCUGAGGACGAAGCGAGGGAAAAGAUUUCCAAGGAGCGCAUCAAGGUCUACCACUGCACCGCCCAACCUUUGGAGUGGAACCUCAACUCCGAGCGUAAGGACGACAUGGGAUACAUGAAGCUGAUCGUGGACAAAGAAGAGAAGGAGAAGGUGGUUGGUGUACACAUCCUCGGCCCCAACGCCGGGGAGAUCAUCCAAGGCCUGAGCGUGGCCAUCCGCUGCGGUGUCACGAAGGAGCACUUCGAUGACUGCGUGGGAAUCCACCCAACCUUUGCCGAGUCGUACACCACGAUGACUGAAGAGAAGACGGAAGGUUCAGCCCUUCCUACCAAGGGAGGCUGCUGA